AUGUCAAACCAAGCACAAGAGAAUAACAACGACGAAAGUGGCAGUCCAAUCUUCUCAAUAGAUAAACAUGAUUUGGUAUUGUUGAUCAUUGCUGUCUUUUUGCCUCCAGUUGCUGUUUGGAAGAGACGUGGAUUUUUCAGCAAGGAUUCGUUAUUGAACGUAUUACUAUUUCUUUUAUUCUUCUUCCCAGCAGUCAUCCAUGCUAUGUUUGUCAUCCAUGAAACUUCUUUACAGAGAAGUCGUGGUCAAUACCAACAAGUCAGCUCUAAUGACAACAGCAAUGUUGCUGUCGAAGAACAGAAUGUUAAUAAGCUAACUAAUGUCCACGAUUUGGAAGAAAACAGAGUGCCUCCUUUAUAUAACGACAUCGUCAAGUCACCAAUGAACGUAUCUGAUAAUAAGAUUCAAAAUCCAUAG